UUAGCAAAGCAGAGAAGGCGGUCCUAGCUAAUAGAAACAAAUAUGCCUUCACUAGGAAGUAAACUGACUACCUGAUCCAGCAUAUUAACCUGCAUACAGCCUUCAACAAGGUGUCUUCUUUAUUCAGUAAGAAAUACCACAGACAUCAGUGACGGAUGCAAUACUUCAGUUUCUGACACAGAACAAGCUCUGCAAGUGGGAAGAACCUGUUUCAGCUGCUAACUUUUGCUUACGGAAGUCCAGAUGCUGGGAUUAUCCUGAGGUUGGUAGUAGAAGACACUACAAGAUAUAUAGCUAUUACUGUCAUUAUGAGGCAUGGAAGGAAGGAAGAAUCAGUAUGUACAAUUUAAAUAAGAAAACAAGGAUUUGCCAUUGUCACUGACUAUGGGGAACUGUUGUAGGAAACACUGCAGCUGUUGCGUGUCCCUCUGCUGUUCCACUGAAAACAAGACAAACAGCGAAAAAGGAGAUAACUACAAAGUAAGUGACACUGUUAUUGCGAAUCCCCGUGUGGAUGAGCCUCACAGAUUUAGUACUCCUGCAUAUUACAGUCCGAAUCCCCCAAAUGUAAAGAUAUCCUUACAAAAUGAGAGUAUCACAAGGGAGGUGUACGUGGCUUUAUAUGAUUACCAAGCAGCCAUCAAUGAGGAACUGAGUUUUUGUACCGGGGACCAGAUGCACAUACUGGAUUUUACUCAUGAGAGCUGGUGGAAAGCUAGAGCUUUGAUACCCCGGGGAAAGGCAGAAGGAUAUGUUCCAGCUAACUAUGUUGCUCCUGUCUGCAGCAUUAAAUCUAAACCGUGGUUCUUUAAUGACAUGAAACGAUUAGAAGCUGAAAAGCAGUUGACACUACCAGGCAACCAAUCAGGGACUUUUCUCAUCCGUGAAAGUGAGAGCCAAAAAGGGGACUAUUCUCUGUCUGUUUAUGACGGUAUCACUGUAAAACACUACAGAAUCAGAAAACUUGAUAAUGGAGGAUUUUAUAUAUCGCCAAGAAACAGAUUCAAAAAUUUGGAAGAACUUGUGGAAACGUAUAAAAAAUCGGAUAAUGGACUUUGCUGCAAGCUCCGAAAACCAUGCCUAAAGACAGAAGUUCCUUUGCCUCCGGAUUUGUGUUACCAAUAUGCAGAUCACUGGGAAAUUGACCGAAACUCUCUGAAGUUUUUGAAGAAGUUGGGACAGGGUCAGUUUGGUGAAGUUUGGGAAGGACUGUGGAACAAUACUAUAUCAGUGGCUAUUAAAACUUUAAAAACAGGAUCAAUGAAUCCACAGGACUUUUUAAGGGAGGCACAACUUAUGAAGAAACUCAGACAUCCAAAACUUAUCCAGCUAUAUGCAGUGUGCAGUCUGGAAGAACCAGUAUAUAUUAUUACAGAGCUUAUGAGACAUGGAAGCCUGCAUUCAUAUCUACAAAAUGAUAACGGGGAAUCAAUCAAAGUGCCCCAGCAGGUGGACAUGGGUGCUCAAGUGGCUUCAGGAAUGGCAUACCUGGAAACACAAAACUUCAUCCACAGAGAUUUAGCAGCCAGGAAUGUACUUGUUGGUGAAAACAGUGUUUACAAAGUAGCGGAUUUUGGACUUGCAAGAGUUUUUGAGGAUGAUGAUGUUUAUGAGUCCACAAAAGACACAAAGCUUCCUCUUAAAUGGACGGCACCAGAAGCAAUCCGACACAACAAAUUUAGUGUUAAAUCUGAUGUCUGGUCCUUUGGUAUCCUUCUUUUUGAAAUAGUAACGUAUGGAAAGAUGCCUUACCCUGGCUUGAAUGGAAGGCAGGCUUUAGAAAGACUGGAACAAGGGUACAGAAUCCCCAAACCUCUAAAUUGCCCCAAGGACCUGUAUAACAUCAUGUUGGAAUGUUGGAAUGAAAAGCCAGAGAGCCGGCCAACCUUUGAAACAUUACAGUGGAGGCUUGAAGAUUAUUUUGAAACAGACUCUUCAUCUUAUUUUGAUGCAAAUGCAUUUUCAAACCCUGGGUAAAAGGAAACUCAAUGAUACUUGAUUCAUAAGGUUGUGUUAUCGCUAAUAAUACUGAACAGCAAGAUUAAAAAAUAAAGGAUCAGUAAAAAUGAUCAGACCAUUUAAACAAUGAAGUAUAGUACAAUGAAAAUCAAUGUCAUUUCAAAAAUUAUUUAUAACUGGCACAUCACUACUUAAAGAAAUUGGUCACAUGACUAUAUCAUGGAUUUAAAUGACCGAUGUGAACAAAGUAGCAACAAAGUAUUCUGGAAUAAUGGUCCAAGUUUACAAAGUUCCCUGUGUAGGUAUUUCUUAUUUAGCGUUCUCAGUUACCCAAGCUUCCUAAAUAGAUGGGGAAACAAUAGCUAGAAUUUCUGUUGUAUUUUAUUGUCUAAACAACUUCUGCAAACUAUUCAUAUAAUGUAAAACAAAUCAUCUUAAGAACUGUAUUCUUACUUGGUAGGGUAGGGUAGAGUGGUCAUCACCUUUGCUGAGAACCUUGACUGCACUCAUGUCACCUAGAAUGAUUGAUUCCCUUACAUCUACAUAUCGAGAUGUGUCAUCUACACAUCUAGAAUCUAGAUGUGUCAGUCCAAACACUCAUAGGGAGUGGUUCUCUUUUGUCUACUUUGGUUUGGGAUAACCCUUAGGGAUGGCUCUUUGCAGUACUGCUGUGCCUUGUAAGUAAGAAAGACAGGCUGACAGGCAUUAAGAACUCAAACACCUCUCCUCCUUGCUUGAAUACAGAGACCAAUGCCAGCAGGCUGGCUUUGUGACCCUCUGUCAGUAAUUAAGUUGUAAGCUGAGAAAGAGAUGUUGCAGCCUGCGAGUAGUCCAGUCAGUACUUAGAGUCAAGUGGAUACAAGACAUACGUAAGAUAUGGGGGAGGGGAGUUUGAGGAAAUUAUGAGGCAGGACUUGCCCCUGAUCUACUAUCAGCCUGUGUGAGAAAUUUUAGAGCACCCUCCCAAUUAUAUUCAUAAUUAAUACUUUCAUUGUUAUUAUUUUAUAAAAAACACACACAUUGGCCCCUCAUAUAAAAAAAUAAAACACACUGACCCCAACAGGUAAAACAACAAACACAUUGGCUUCCCCAGGAAAAAGAAAACACACAGUUGCCCCAGCAUCCCCAGAAGGCUGACCUGUCAGUAGCACUGCAGAGAAAAAGAGCUCCCAGAGUUCCUCCCUGUGUCGGCAGGACUGUAUGAGGUUGCAUGUCUUAUUAUGUCAAGUUAAGAGAGGUGUUGAUCAGUCCGGGUCCUUGGCAGCGACCGUGCUCUACCCACUAAGGGGAGACACAGACGUUCAGCCGUUCACAGGAAUGGCCCUCAAACCAACCCUGGUAUGAAGAGAUUAUGUUGAUUAGGUGGGUUAUGGAUAAUGUCACUGGGAGGCAGAACGCUGAUGAUGAGUUAAUGACAAUUCCAAUGGUAGUUAAAGCUGAUAGGUGAUAAUGAUAAUGUUGGGGUUUAAUGACGGUGGGGUUAAAGAUAAUAAGGAUGCAAAACUGUCAUGAUUUUUAUUUUAAGAAACCUGUCUAUUUAGCAAAAGACACGUCUUUCACUUGUCACUAGAGGGAACCUUACUAGAUGCUCUCUUCAGGUGUCAUGGCUUUUUGGACACUAGGCUCAGGGAGCACUACUGUUGCUGCAGAGGACAGCCCCCUCUUUUUUAUUCACACAUGCAGCACAUCCAUUUGUGAUCCAUUGUUAUCUCAGCAAAUUGCCCUCCAUGCUGGUACUGCCGUUUCUGUAGAGAAGAAGAGUAUUUUAUACACAAGAAUGAGUCAACCGUUUGAAUGAAUAAGGUUAAUUAAAUACUUCAUGGUGUUUUGCUGUGUCCUAAAUCAUUACCCGAAACCUCAGUCUAGAAAUCCUGCGUUUGUGCAUGACCUUGCUGCAAAUUUUUAAAAAAUAUAUUUUCUUAUUAUUUGGAACCAACUACCACAAGUGUGGUUGAAAAAAUAUAACUGAGUGAGCGUGCCACUUUUAGAAAUAUUAAUGCACAAAUAAGGAUACCUACCUUAGCAGCAUUUUUAAGAAGUUAUAUAUACGGCUAGUGUGGUUAAGUGGUAUCAAGUGUAAAAUGAUCAAUUAUUUGCUGAGUAUGGUUAGGAGACCUGGAGGAACAUGGAUGGACUGAAGCGCUCUCAGUUGAAGGUGGGAUGAUGGGACUCACACAAGUGUUUUAACAGGAUUCACUUGACUUGCACCAGCACCCCCAGUAGAUAUUUCAUUUUGAAAAUGCCAGAAAACUCUACUCGUUUUGCUUUUCCAAGUAAUCAUUUUUAGUUACCUAUUUAUCAUUCUUCAACGUAUUUGACAUACAUACUGUAUAUUUCAUAAAGUCUUCCUUGCCUGAUUCUUACAGCAGCUGAGACAAGUAACAUUCAAUGAAGGAAAACUCGUACGACCACUAAAUCAGUAACGUUGCAGAAUUGUCUAAAUAGAUUCUAGAGUGGUAAACAUUACACCCUCUAAUCUUUUUAUUAUCUAUACAAUUAUAAAGUAUGUGCAUAUUACUGCAUAUUAUUAUUCUGUUUGUAUCCUGUGUCUGCAAAACUGUAGGCUGAUCUAUUUACAGAAUACCAUUAUGUUUAUGAAGGGGUUACUAUAGUUGUACAGCGGGUCUGUGUUUUUGUCUUUUAUGUAUCUGUUGGUUGUAUACUGUAUUUGCAGUGUACAUUUUUCAGUACUGAGUACUAAAUAUAAUAGAAUUAUCUAGGACUACUACAAUUUUUAUUCUAUUGCACCUACAGUAACAUGUCAUUA